UUUCCUAUAAAAGAAACCAUUAAAAUUUUAAUUUUCUAUUGAAGUUCAAAGGAUUGUAAAAGAAUUGUAUUAACAUUUAAUUUAAGUUUUGUAUGACAAUUUGUAACAAUAAACAUGAAAAAUAUGUCAGCUGUAGAUAAGGAGUUUGGUACGAAAGGAGAGGUUAUGUUUACAAUGUGUUCCUUAUAAAGAGUUUUGAAAUUUCAGUUGAACUAUCGUAAACUAUUUUGUAAGCAACACGUUAAUCACUAAAAAUAUUUUAGAUUUUAUUUACACCUUUGCACAAUGGAUGGAGUAGGAUUGUAUAAUAGAUUUGUCCAAUCGCAUCGACCUCAACUGGAAUCAUCUGGAGUGCCAAGUAUAUUUUGGGAAGCUCUAUUUAAAAAACUACAGUAUCAAAUAUUUGAUUCCGGUCUUAUGUUUCAAUUGAUAAGAAUUAAUUAUGAAGAUGCUCCUAGGGAUCCAAAGGAUCCAGUUUGGAAACUUUUUGUUAUUUCUGAAAGCGGUAUCUCUGCUAGUGAUCCAAAUAACAUUUUUCUGGUAGACCAUGCAUGGACUUACGACACAGCUAAUGCUAGACAGAAUUUAGCGAGUAUACCAGGACUCUUGGAUCGUAUGUGUAUCUUAAUGAGUUACGAGUUUGAGACUGAUGAAGAAUGUGAUAAAAUAGAAUUUGUAUUAAAAGAGAUGUGGAGGUAUAAUCAGUCGUUUUCUUUAAGUCGCGGAGAGAUAGAAGAUAGAAUGCCAAUUUGGUACAUCAUGGACGAAGUAGGAUGCGCGGUAAAUCAUAGCGACGAUCCCAACUUCAGAAUGGUGCCAUUCUUAUACAUACCAGAAGGUGUUAGCUACACGUUAAUGUUUCCUAUACGCGACGUCGAGUGCGAGGAGGAAGUUAGAAGAGACUUUAUCGAAGGUCUAACAAACGAUGAGAAAACCCGACGAGCUUUGCGUAUACCAUGGGUAGAUGCAUCUUUUCUUGGAGAAAGCUUUGUACAGACAGAGCCAAACGAAGACUAUUUCUUGACGGGUCACAUUUCUGAAACCCUACCAGAGGACAUAACUCCAGAAGUACUCCAAAGGAAUAAAGACAGAAAAUUAAAAGUUUACUCACAGUACACAUACGUAAACGAUUAUUUGACCGACCCUGCAUUUGAGAUUGUAUACAAUGAAAGAGAAGCAGACAUCUUAUGGUACACUGACCACUUUAAGCAGUACAAAGAAUUGAGCAUUCGCUCGCCACACGUUUUCGUGAACCAGUUCCCAUUCGAAAAUGUUCUAACUAUAAAAGAUUUACUAUGUAUCGUGUGCAGAAGAAAAGCAGGAGAAAAUACACAUGAUCCGGUCACACUCGAAACUUAUCCGGAAUGGUUACCAACUACUUACAAUUUACGCACAGAGCUGGUGCAAUUCGUCGCCUAUUUCGAACACAGAAAAUCGCGGGGAUUAGACAAUCAUUGGAUCUGCAAGCCUUGGAACCUCGCCAGGGGAUUGGACACUCACAUCACGAAUAAUCUACACCACAUUCUACGUUUGCCCGGUACAGGACCUAAAAUCGCGCAGAAGUAUAUCUCUGAUCCCGUCCUGUUUAAGAGACCAGAAAUUGGUAACGUUAAAUUCGACAUACGCUAUGUGGUAAUGCUGAAGUCGGUGAAGCCCCUGAGGGCGUUCGCCUACAAAAACUUCUUCCUAAGAUUCGCAAACAAGGAGUUCGCUUUAAAUAAUUUCGACCUCUACGAACAACAUUUCACCGUCAUGAAUUAUUCAGAGGACACGCCACUUUUUCACCUCAAGUGCGCAGACUUCAUCUUGGAAUGGAGGAGACGGUACCCGGACUAUCCCUGGAGCGACUACAUAGAGCCAAAAAUCCUGGACAUGUUUCAACAAGUAUUCGAGGCAGCAGUUGCCGAGAAACCACCGAAAGGAAUCGCGGAAAGUCCGCAAAGUCGGGCCGUGUACGCGGUCGACUUGAUGCUAGAAUGGAGGGAGAAUGAAAUGCAGCCUAUGCUGUUGGAAUUGAAUUUCUCACCAGAUUGUAAAAGGGCCUGCGAGUACUACCCCGAUUUCUACAACGACGUCUUCAGAUGUCUCUUCCUGGACGAUGAGAAUCCGGAAAUGUUUCACGAUCUCAGCCCUUGAGGCAAUUGAACGCGAUGUUGGAUGACGAGAACGGUUGCCAGUUGUGAUUUAAUGUAAAGAUUGCAUGUAAACAAAUUAUGAGAUUGUAUUAUAAAUAGAACAAAUUUUUUUUUUAUAAAUUUUGUUUACGGAUGUUAUGUUUCUUUCGAAAAUAUAAAGAAUUUAUUGCAAGAAC